UCACAGGAGAAAGAUGCAUGGGUUGCGUAUAUGUACGUAUAGAAUAGAUAGAAUGCACAUGGGUCGCGAGAUAACUACAAAACUAAGCAUGUGAUCAUAGGAAUCGAGGCAUUUCGAAUCUACUUCUUGCUGCGGAAGAGACCCAUCGUAUGUUGGCCACCGCAGGACACCUUCUCGGCCGUCCAAGAGCCUCCUUCCCGACGGACAAUCAUCUUUGGAGUGGGCACUUCCAGAUCGGGAACACCCAACUCGCCCUGAACUCCCUGUCCCCAACAGAACAAUGCGCCGGCUUUGGUGAUUGCCAUAUUGCUGUGCAAGCCAGCGGCAACAUACACGACAGGAUCCUCCUCAUCCUCGUCGUCGUCUGGGAAGGCGAUCAAGGCCGGUUCGGAGAUGAACUCUUUCUUCGGGUCGCCUUCCCAAGCUGGAUGGUCAGGUGCCAGCCCAAGCUGAGAGCUGUUAGCACGGCCACAGGCGUAGACCUUGCCAUCCGACUUGCUCCGUCGAGCUCUUCCUUGCUCAAACCGAUGACUCGCUUCGGGAGAGGAACCGUUUCGUCUUCCGGGCCGUCCAGACCGGUACCGGCUUGGCCCAGGCUGUUCAAUCCCCAGCCCCAGACGGUCCCCUUCUCGUCAACAGCGAACGAAUGGUAGAUGCCAGCCCCGAUCACAACGGCCCGGAGGGAACGAGUGCCAAGAAUAA